AUGAAGAAAAAAGACAUUACAAGAAGAGUACACAGUGGUUACGCCGGAUGGGUACAAAUUAAGAAUAUUCAGGAUACCAGGAAAUGGCUCCAUAACUUUUCUAAUGCACGGCCUGCUAAAAGCACUGAUGAUUGGUUAACAUCUGGAGUAAAAAGCGGCUUGGGGUACCUGCUAGCCGAACAGGGCUAUGAUGUGUGGAUGGGUAAUGCACGAGGAAAUAAAUAUUCUAGGUCUAACGUUCGAAAAAGUCCUUCAGAAAAGGAUUUUUGGGAUUUUAGUUUUCAUGAAAUAGGAGUAAUUUAUUUACCAACAAUGAUUGAUUUUAUUCUUAAAAAAACAAACAAAUCAUCUUUAAUAUACAUCGGCCACUCACAAGGCACCUCAACUUUCUUUGUAAUGAGUUCCAUUCGUCCCGAGUAUAACGCCAAAAUUGAUUUAAUGAUAGCUUUAUCACCUAUUGCAUGGAUGUCACACCUCAAAAGCCCUUUACUUAAUUACCUCAAGCCAUAUUAUGCAACACUAGAACUUGUCGCUACAUCUUUAGGAAUUCACGAAGUAUUUCAAGACACACCGUUUUUGCGGUUGUUCCAAAAAACAUUCUGUGGUGGCGUUCUGACGUCAUUAUUAAUAUGUCAAAACGCACUGUAUUCUAUUGGUGGCUUUAAUUAUGAUCAAAUGAAUUUGAAACAGUUGCCUGUUAUCUUUAAUCAUUUUUCGUCGGGAGCAUCGACCAAACAGCUUUGGCAUUAUGCGCAGUUGAUAAAUUCUGGUUACUUUCGACAGUAUGAUUACCGACUUAAAAAUGUUGCAAAGUAUGGUACCUUAUCGCCUCCGUCUUAUCCUGUCGAAAAAAUUACGGCACCGGUUGCUAUAUUUUACGGGGACGGCGAUUGGCUUUCUGACGUUUCCGAUGCAAAAAUAUUAAAAAGUUAUCUACGAAAACUGUUUUGA